UUUCCUCAUGGUCCUGGUGUGCCUUAUCUUCAGUGUCCUGUCCACCAUAGAACACUAUGCUGAUUUUGCCAGCGGAACACUCUUCUGGAUGGUGAGUGGAUUUGGGAUGGAUUUCAUCUCCUCAAGUCAGUGACCUACCUUUGAUUUUGUUUUAUUGCAAUACCAUCCACAUCCACAUGAUGGGAGUAGAACAUCUUGAGUGGGACCCAGACUAACCGCCAUCUUAAAUUCAACUGAUUUCAAGCCCAGUGUUCAACAGUAUUAUAAAAAUAGUGAACUAAUUAAAUGGAAAGGGUCUAUUUAGGUGCACAACUAUAUCUAUUAGUCAUUGGCAUGCUUCAGAGCUUAUUGCUGGAGGUUUUGGUUGAUGUAGAUUAUAUUGGCUACUCAGUGGUGUUACUAUCAGUCCUACUCUCACAGGUAGGAACAUACUGUUAUGGGGCAGGAUAAAGACUUUGCAUCAUCAUUUUCCUCACAAAAACGCUUUGCAUAUAAACACACACGCAUGCACACACACACCUCACCAGUGUGGGGACAAUUCUCUAAACUUUUGGCCAGUGCCCUUUGGAGGAUUCCCUGGCUGCUGAGUUAUUCAUUUAUUUUCACCCUGGAAGAAGAGCUCUCCUCUCAGCAGCAGAAGACAGAGAGCUAGAACAGCAGGUAGAAACCCAGUGGGUAGGACAGAAGAAAGAGAGCUAGAACAGCAGGUAGAAACCCAGUGGGUAGGACAGAAGAAAACUAUAACAGUUGAGCUAGAAAGCAGUAGUUACAUUAGAGCAUUAGAGUUACAAAACAUUGUAACAAACAUUUGAAACUCAAAACAUGAGAAUUACAAAACCUACAAGAUAGUAUUAUUAAGGAAGACAGGUGGCAAUGUCUUGAGGGCAAUAUUUCAGUUACUCAACUGUUCAACUGCAUUUUAUGUGCACCUGCAUGUGUGUGUAUGAUGUAAUUGUGUUUGUGUAUUGCAUAUGUUCUCUGUGCGUGUGCGUGCACGUGUGUGUGUGUGAGAGUCUGUGUGAUCAUAGCACGUAUUUGUGGUGGAGUGGCUAUACUUAGCGAGUUCAGGGUUAGCUGACAUCCAUGAAUCUGUGUGCUUGUUUUGGAUGGCAGAGAGGACAUUAGUCCUUAAGGAUAUUUGGCUUUCAAAGCAGCUGCCAAAGUAAAGUUAGCCAGGCUCAGCAGGGCGUACCGACAUCAUCACGUGUCACACGCUCUAGUCUCUCUUUCCUUUCCACUCCUGUCCUGUCCUCCAGUCUACUCCAGGUCCACUGAUGUCACAGCUAUGUGGCACAGUGGCACCACCAAACAUCUGAUCAGAAACUGGCCUCCACCAUCAUUCCACCAUAUUAACACAGAGCUCCCGCAAACAUUUCCGCACAGCCCAAUCCAUCUCCAAUCCAUCUAAUCACAUUCAAAUUGCUCAUACCCAGGCCUAUGAAUCAACUCCAUCCUAGUUUUAUGAGAUUAGGGAACACUACUAAAUGAAACUAUUAACUGUUUUCUGCAAACAUCUAGUUACUGGUUCGUGACACAAAAAUCCCUCGGACAUCCAGGUGAACCAUUUUAGGAUUUUGGAGAUUUAUUGUAAUCCGAUUAGAUUUUCCGUGUUCACCUGGUUUUACCUGGAAAUGGCAUGGUCAAAUGGUUAUGUAAUAAUUCAAUUAUUUGACAGUGAAGAACCAGAAAGUACCCAUUUCUUGUAUAUAGUUUAUACAUAACAUCAGGGAAACACCAAGUGAAAUAGAACCGUAAAAUAAAACAUUACCCAGUUUUUAUUCUCACCCAGCACUGAUCUGACCUGGUAGUUCAUCUAUGUUUUCAUGUUCCUGUUCCUGUUCCUGUUCCUGUUCCUGUUCCUGUUCCUGUUCCUGUUCCUGUUCCUGUUCCUGUCACCUGUCCCCACUCAAGCUUGGUUUCCUUUAAAUCUCACAACAAGACUUAUCUCCUACAUUCUUAGAAAAAAGGGUUCCAAAAGGGUUAUUUGGCUGUCUCCAUAGGAGAACCCUUUUUGGUUCCAGGUAGAACCCUUUUGGGUUCCAUGUAGAACCCUCUGUUCUACAUGGAAAAGGGUUCUACCUGGAACCAAAAAUGUUUCUUCAAAGGGUUAUCCUAUGGGGACAGCCAAAUAACCCUUUUAGGCUCUAGAUAUAACCUUUUUUUCUAAGAGUGUAGAGGUGCUGGCCACUGGGGAGCAGUUUGAACAGGUGUGGGAAAAUAGCCUUGGCCAACUUUUAGACACAAAUACCCACAAAUAGUGCAAUGUUAUAUAGACACAGCACAGAGCCAUGAAAUUUGGUAGGGCUGUGCCUGGUCAGUCAAGUCCAACUAAAAUAUAUGUUAUUAACCCACUUCUCACUUUUUCCCUCAGUCACAAACACAGUAGCUAUUUAUGUUAAAUCCACACAACAGUGCUAUUUGUUCCUGUAAGAUCAAUCCAACCCACAGUAUCAUUAUGGAAAAUAAGGAUUCUGUCACUGCAGUAGCAGUAAGUGAACGUGUCUAUAUGGUGAGUGACAGCCAGGGGAUUGUUUUUGUGACUAUGGAGCUAUGUUGUUGCAGCAGGGCCUGUGGUAUUAGGUUUCAAAAGGGAGGGGGGGGGGGGCUGGUAGAGCAGCCAAUUCAAGCAAGCAGUGGGACGGCCACCCACACUAAGACGGCUAUUACUGAGCAUUACGUGGCAAAAUAUUAUGGAGACAUGGUGCUAAUGAAAAAGAUAUUGGUUCAUGAAGAAUUAUCACACACACACACACACACACUCCCCCCGCCCCACCCUACACACAAUUUUUGCACUCUGGCAAAAUGUCACCCAUUAUAUUUUAACCACCCAACAGAUGUGUAAAGGGCUCCAACACAACCCAGCUGAUUAGUAUUUAUCCUACCUGCACAUCCUGCUUAGGUGCUGUCACAGCCAUGAGGCUCAAAUCACUGAGCCAUUGAUCCUGGCUCAAUAUGCUCUGUCAUCAGAGAUGCUAUCUAACCUUCUUCUGGGUGGGCUGGUGUGAAUGGCGCCCUUACCACCAGACCACCUCAGCCUCUCUCUGUCAGCACACCUGUCAAGUCCCAGUUCCACCAAGGUCUUAUCAAGCCUGACAUCUCAAUGCAUUGCUUGGCAACUCCUAUUACUCUCAUAGUAUGAAAUAGCAGAUAGAUAGUGUGUGUAGUAGUCCUAGUAAAAUGCUGUGGUCUUAAUGAACUAGUUUGAAUGUUUUGUGUCUUCCCACUUUCUUCUCCGGCCCUGUUCUCCUAACUGUUGUCUGGAACUGCUUGUGUUCUGGUCCACAGGAGAUUGUCCUGGUGCUGUUCUUUGGGACAGAGUACGUGGUGCGGCUCUGGUCCGCCGGCUGCAGGAGCAAAUAUGUGGGGAUCAAGGGACGACUCCGCUUCAUCAGGAAACCAAUAUCUAUCAUAGGUGCACCUGGCUUCUCCUUUAUUAAAUCUCACACAGCCGUGCCACAUGCAAUCAGACACCGUUGUUACACGUUUUUACCCCUUCGUUUUUUGGGGUGAAAUUAGAUUACUUCUACUAUUACUAGGGGAGAACCGGGACGAAAGUAAUACUUUUUGUUUGUUUCCUAAUUACUCACAGAUCGGUAGAGCUAGAGAGACCAUAUUUUAUGACAAACAACUUAUGUCCUCCACCAUUAGCAACUGUAAUUUCAUUUCUAGUGUAAUUGAGUUGAAAUUAAAUAGGCCAAGAACAGAACUACCGCGACGUUACUUUUGUACCUGCCGGUGGGGCGGGAGUAAUACAGCCUUAGGACGGAAUUAACAGCUGGCGAGAAGUGCACAAUAUGUCUUAUCUCCAUGUUUCUGUUUUGUAAUGCUCAUUACUUUCAACAAAUGUACUAUCAGCCAUCACUCAUGAAUAAUUCAUGCUAUAGGUUAGACUAUAGGUUUAUUAAUAUUAACCAUGCGUCAACAUCGCAAUGUUGCGCAACCACAAUAUUUUGCCUUACAAUAUUAAUCAGACUAAAAUGGAUCACAUAAUAGCUAUAUUAACCAUAAUUUUCUCAUCUCACUUUAAUGGGAAUGUAGUAGGAGAUGUUUUUCACCAUUUUCAAUUACUAUUCAUGCUUAGCCCUACCAAUCAGCUGCGCUCCAGCUGUCCUUGUCAUGUGCGCUCCUCAUGUCUUGAUAGAAUAAAAGUUGUUAUUAUUUUCCUAAACGGCAAAGUCAUCAGGCUUAACACAUUUCCAUGGCUUGACACAAGGUAAUUGUGAUGAGUGUGAUUAGAAGGAGUCAGGCGCAGGAGGGUAAAUCACAGAAUACAGAGUUUAUUCCGUCGUACAGAGUUGCGCAAGAUAGCGACAACAAAAUACAGGCACAGGGGAAUAAUCUACCCCGGCAAUACAAGGUACGAGUAGCUCCACCGAGCUACACUCAACUCACAUAAAACAAUCACCCACAAGGACAAGGGGGCAGAGGGAACACUUAUACACAGAAUGAUGAGGGGAUAUGAACCAGGUGUGUGUAAUUGACAAGACAAGACAAAUGGAAUGAUGAGAUAUGGAGCGGCAGUGGCUAGUAAGCCGGUGACGCCGAACACCGAAUCCUGCCCGAACAAGGAGGGGAGGCAGCCUCGGUGGAAGUCAUGACAGUAAUUAACCCCCAGAAUCAUAAAGAUAUAUGUUUUUUACCACUAACCUGUCGAUAAAAGCUUAUGUGAGAAGCUGAUCCAUCAAGUCAAUUGAUUAAGGCAUAAUUCUAAUGAUGUCAUAUAUAAUUUUCUAACAUUCAGUCACUUGUUGAUAUUUGCUAACAUUAUAAAAGGAAUAUAAACUAGAGGAGACAAUGGCCUGUGCUUAAACAUUUUUUUUAUUCCAGGUCAUCAGUUAACAUUGUGUUACUUUCAGGUAAUUUUUUUGCAGGGAGCUCAUCCUCCGCAUUAGGAACAUGCUGACUUCACUACGUCAUUCUAGCUUCUGUUUUAUCUGAGAAAAUGGGCAUGUUAUUUUCGCCCCGUGUUACUUUCGUCCCGGCUCUCUCCUUACUUUUUCUACUAUUUUUACUUCUACUAUUAUGUCUACUACUUUUGUUGUUCAAUGGAAACUUAAACAUUUGAAGAUUCUGAACUAGAUGACGAUGCUAAUGUACAGGUGUAUCCCUGUAUCCCCCCCAGAUCUGAUAGUGGUUAUUGCCUCCGUUGUAGUGCUGGGUGUAGGCUCCAAUGGCCAAGUGUUUGCCACAUCUGCUAUCAGGUACUGGGUAUAUUACAAAUCGGGAUGAAAAUUUCAAUAAAUUCUCUGGUUUUCCAGAAAUCCUGGUUGGAGGAUUCCAGAUAUCCUGCUUAUUCACCUCCUGAUUCCGGGAAGCCUCCAACUGGGAUUUAGGGAAAAACAGGAAAUGUAUUGAAAGUUCCCAGAAUUUUGCAACCCUAAUUACAAAUACGAUAAUAUUGUAAUAUAAGUGUAACAUUUUGUGUUCUACUGUAGUUGUGUUUUCGUUGCUUAGUAAAACAGUUGGAAGAGAGAAGUGGUAUAGUAGGCUAAGGUUUGAUUGACAUUGGUUGCCUUUUGUCUCCAUGGUUACAGGGGAAUCCGCUUCCUCCAGAUUCUACGCAUGCUGCACGUGGAUCGUCAGGGAGGAACAUGGAGGCUUCUGGGAUCGGUAGUCUUCAUCCAUAGACAGGUGGAGAUCCCUUUACAUCCGUUGGCCCAUUUAAUCUCACAGUUAUGUGCAGAAUGAGUUUACAUGAAGUUAUCACAAGUUCAUCUGGAGUAUAAUGCUGUUUUUAGUAGAGUGACUCAUCUACCUUGAUCUUACUUGAUCCACUUGUCUACUGUACCUUGAUUAGGCUUCUCAUAAAUCCUCAGUCAAUCAAACGGAUGAAAAUAAAAAUGCAAGGUAGAUGAGAUGGCUAAAGACAUGGUUAGUCAUGGCUUUGAAAAGAAAAAAUAUGUAAACUAUUGUUGGACAUUUCUUAACCAAAUAAGGACACACCCUCUGGUCAAAUGAUGGGUGCACAUCGCUGCCAUUUCUUCCAGAGGAUUAGUGCACUUGUUCUGUCUGAGUUGCCCUGCCUCCUGUCUAGCUUGUCUGGUUAUGGGCAGACUGAGGCAGACAUCUGUCCAUGUUGUCCAUGCUACAUUGCCACCAGUGAUUAUCACAGGGCCCGUUGCACAAUCACAGAUUCCUCUGAUACUCUCACUAGGACCUGCAAGGCUUUAUAAGGAGAGGGAGGUAGAGAGUCAGGUUCAACAGCUUUCCUUUCCUUCUUCGUGUGUUUUCCCCUCUUUGUUUUGUCAUCUCUACCCGUACACUAAUUUCAGUAAUCCGGUAUUCUUUUUAAGACCUCCUGUUCUGUUUUUUUUGCUAUCUUCAACUGGAAGCUGUGGGUUAUUUCUCUUUGAUGUGCAAUGUGUCAACUGCUAAUCUUUUAGGGUUCAGGGUUUACAUAAAUAGUCAAAGGGAGAUUUGGUAUUUGGUAUUUUAUUAAGAUCCCUUUAGCUGUUGGGAAAGCAGCAGCUACUCUUCCUAAAGAUGAAGAUGAAGAUGAAGUCUUCUGUCUGUGUGAAAUGAUAGAGAUAUAUUUUUUUUGUAGUCAUUGCAUGCUGUGUUGUAAUGAUUUAUGUUAUGGACGGAUAUCAUUUGUAAUGUAAAUGCAAUGUAAAAUGUGUAAAUAAUGUAAAGAAAUGCAUGUAACAUCUAUACAUGGUCUACUACACAUUACAAGUGACAUACUCCACUCUCUAUCUGCCUUUCCUCUGUUGUAGGAGCUGAUCACCACGCUGUACAUCGGCUUCCUGGGGCUGAUCUUCUCCUCCUACUUUGUGUACCUGGCGGAGAAGGAUGCUGUGGACGAGGAGGGCAAGACUGGCUUCUCCAGCUACGCUGAUGCCCUGUGGUGGGGC